GAUAAACCAGUAGGCGGUGUUAGAGAGGGAGAGCAGCUUCUCGUCAUUGUCAAGUUGCUUGAGGUCUGCAUAAUUUUCUGUUCUGUACUACAGAGGCAAAAAUCUUGUAGCAAGCUGUUGAACAAGAAUGGUGGCUCCAAAGAAAGUCUGUAUUAUUGGAUCUGGCAACUGGGGAUCAGCUAUAGCCAAGAUCAUUGGAGGCAAUGCAGACAAGUUGGAGCAGUUUGAUCGCACUGUAAACAUGUGGGUGUAUGAAGAAAUUGUAGAUGGGAAAAAAUUAACAGAAAUAAUUAAUACACAACAUGAAAAUGUAAAAUAUCUUCCAGGUCGCAAAUUACCUCCUAAUGUUGUAGCUGUACCAGACGUUAUACAGUCCAUUUCUGGAGCAGAUAUUUUGGUUUUUGUGGUUCCUCACCAGUUUAUAGGAAAAUUGUGUGAUCAGAUGAAAGACCAUGUAAAGCCAGGUGCUAUUGGAAUUUCACUCAUUAAAGGAGUGGAUGAAGGCCCUGAGGGUUUGAAACUGAUCUCCGACAUCAUCCAAGAAAAACUGAACAUUGACAUGAGUGUGCUGAUGGGUGCCAAUAUAGCAAAUGAGGUAGCGGAUGAUAAGUUCUGUGAAACUACUAUAGGAUGCAGGAAUGCUGAAAAUGGGAACCUACUUAAAGAACUCAUGCAAACACCCAACUUUAGGAUCACAGUAGUAGAAGAAGUGGACACCGUGGAGAUCUGCGGGGCUUUGAAGAACAUUGUUGCAGUUGGAGCUGGUUUCUGUGAUGGACUUGGGUUUGGAGACAAUACCAAAGCUGCUAUUAUCCGCUUGGGCCUUAUGGAAAUGAUCACCUUUGCUAAACUAUUUUGUAAAGGUGCAGUGUCUUCUGCUACAUUCCUGGAGAGUUGUGGAGUUGCUGACCUCAUCACCACUUGCUACGGUGGACGGAACAGAAAAGUUGCCGAAGCUUUUGCAAAGACUGGCAAGACCAUAGAGGAGCUUGAAAAUGAGAUGCUGAAUGGACAAAAGCUACAGGGACCUCAAACAGCUGCAGAAAUCAAUCGUAUCCUAAAACGCAAAGGAAUGGUAGACAAAUUCCCCUUGUUCACAGCAGUGUACCAGAUCUGUUAUGAAGGUCAUCCAGUGAGAGAAUUCAUUACAUGUCUCCAGAACCACCCUGAACAUUUGUAAAUGGAAUCAUGCAUGGAUUCAAUUUAAUGCUAUUAGAUGGAGCCACUUUGAAGAUGCAGAACCAGCUGGCCUAAGAUGGAGACUGUGUGCGUGUGUAUGUAUGUGUGUGUGUGGGAGGUACCUCCCUGUUUAGUCCAGCAUUACCACUAAAGCAGCAAUUACAAGUCAGCAUUUCAGCACUUCUACAUGGAAACACAAAGCAAGGAUAGCGAACACAUUUGAUGAGCUGCUACAGCCCACAGCUGCUAGUGAACACAAGAUAGUUCUUAUUUUGCAUCGUUUUAAAAAUCUGUUGCACUGUGAAGACAAUCAAGGGAAAAUGUUAAUUUCUACCACUCAUGACUGUCUGAUGUAAUUAUCUGGGUUGUGUAGUACCCCAGGAAUGAGAGAACUUAUUGUACAAUGUCAGUCUGCAACACACAGGAAACCUUCAGCACCUAGAAAACCCCCCUCCCGUUCCUAAUCGACGAAUGACUCUGCGUGCUUCAGCCUCACAAAGCGUGUGGUAUGAAUACAAAGCAGCUCUAAUAAGUCAGCCUUAUUUUGGACUUCAACUUCACACUACUGGAAUUCAAAUCAUUGUGAUGCAAAGUGCCAUUUUAACCUCUUCAGUUAAUUUUCCACCACCUAUGCAUUUGAACUAUUCACUGCUACAUAUGGAUGGCCUCUCAUCCAAGCAGGCAGAAUGCUAUUAGCAAAUGGUUUCUUGUGGCAGGUGUUUAAACAAGUUAUUGUACAAUGAAAAUGUAAAGUUGUAGUUAACUUUUCUGCAGCCCAGCAACAGCUAAAGCAAUUAUUUUAAUCCUGAUAGAAACACAAGGCUGACUUCAGCAAAGUUGUCUGUUUUGUCAAAAAUCUUUGUGGUUUAUACACUGAAAUAAGAGGGCUAUGUUUUUCAGUCUAAAGCUUUUAUUGACUGUAGUAUCAUGCUUAAUGAACUUUCAGUGAUCUGAAGUCCUAAAAGUGUUUCAGUUUUUCAAACAAUUCAUUAGCAUUGCAACAAUAUGCAAUAUCCUGAUUGUCCUGUUUACUGUAAAGCCCAGCCUCAGCUGUCUUACUUAGUGCAACAAGCUACUUCAUUCACAUAUGGUGCUGGCCUUCUAUACAGAACGGAAACUAAUAUUACAUGAGCCAUUUGAUGUAAAACUUAAAUGAAUUAUCUCACUUUGAGUAAAAUAGUUUAUUCUGACUAGCAAGAUUAAAAUGGAAGAGAUGCAUGGCACAAUUUCCUCCUCUGCAGAGAUUAUUUAAAGUAGAUCUUGCUAGCAGAUGGACAUAUCUGCACAGUGAAACACAAACAGUAAAUCGAUGGUUAAUGUGCAGACAUUAAGUGAAAUACCUAAUGAAUCAAAAACUAGCUUUCUUUAUAAAGGAUAGGGUCUCUAAAGCACUGGAUGACAUUUUGAAGUGUACAGGUAGGGUCUGACACUUCCUGUGAUCAAGAGGACGUGCAUUUUUUGGCCUUAUGUUGUAUUCUCAAACGACAUGUAAUCUUUUAAUACAUACUUUCCUGUUAAUAACUCUUUUUCCUAAUUUUACUGACAAUGUUCAGAGUGUGCUAAAUAAUUAUUUGUUAGGCAGAAUGCAAAACUAAGUGUUGCGCAACCGGUAUGUUACUGUUUUGAGUACAUGCAAACAGUGGACUGUGUUGUGCAGAAUGGCUUUAGUAACAAAAGUACUUCAUGGGAAAUGUUCUUAGAAAAUUAGCAGUUUGGGUGUGUCAUAACUAAACAGAAUGCUUACUCAAUAGCAAUUUUAAAGGCAAAUUUCAGAAAUUUAAAAAUAUUUAUAAAAUAUUGCUAGGUCCCUUUAAAGACUUAAAUCAGACCUCAGGGAAGAAGUCUGUGAUUCAAAAAGUACUGUUACCAUUUUACAAGCCCAGUGCAAAGGGGACAGCAUUUUUAGUUGAGAGGUUAGUGCGAUUUAUUAGUCUUUAAAGCUUCAUACGUUAAUUUGUUUGAGUUCACAUGUGCCAAAACAGAAUUUGAUUACACUGUAUGUACCAGUAUUAACCGCAUGUUUUAUGAUGAACGUGUUACGUACCACACUGUUAACAGCAUAGCCAUAUCUCUGCCUUAAUAUGUGCCUUUGGUCCACUACCGUAUCACAUCAGUCAGAUAUAUUGCCGCAAGUUAUGGGUUUUAAAAGGUGGUUUCUACAUCAUUUACAAUAUCAUGUAACAAAUGGCCCUGUUUAUGACAUGAAGUACCACUGGUGUGCCAAUUUUUUUUCUCUCAAAAAUGCUGUGUCUUACACCAGCAGUGGACAGCUAUCUUGGGCUAAACCUUUCCACCUCACUCCCUCAGUCACAGCACAUCAUAAGAAGCACUGCAAGUAACAAAGGAAACCAUGCAGGCUCAUCUGUCUACAUUUCUGCUGAGAGGCAGAUGUGCACUAAGUCAGCAUCUAGCUGCCUUCUGAACUGCAGAGCUCUGGGACAUGUUGUACUAUGUCAACACUGAGGGGCCUCAUAUGUACCAAACUACUUGACUCCCCUGCCCCAAAGAACCAAAAUAGUAAUUACAGAUGCAGUCCUUUCAGCCUUCCCUCACCUCCCAGCUAUGUUGUGAUCUUCAGCGUGGUCAAACCCAGCCAGCAGUGUGUGGAGAAAUCAAAUGGUCUUUUUAUCAAGACAUAAUAUGCUACCUGUAUUUUAUAACAAACAAGUAUUGGCAGUGCUUACAGGAAUGCUGCAUUUAUCUAGACAUAUAAACUUGAUACAUGGAUCAUUAAUAAUCCAUCUGAGUCUCGGCUGUCACAUUUCCAGAUAAAACCUACAGAUUCCUACUCAUUAAAAUGCAUCUUCAUCCUCUUCAGCUACUUUCCUAACUAACAUUUUAUGAUGCUCUCUCUUCAUUAUGUACAGCAACACUGUUGAUAAACAUUUUAUGUAAAACAUCUCACCAUCCAUCCAUUAUGUCCCUAUCAAUGCCAGCCAUAUUCUGAACUUCUGUUAAGUACAAUUUUUCAUAUUCCGAACUUCCAUUAAAUAUAAUUCCAUUUCUUUUUCUAAUGUUGACUUGUUCUCCAAGGCAUGGGUCAGAGGUCUCAAAGCCCCUCUAUGUGCAGGAGGUGUAGUUAUCUGCCCCAUCUGUAUGUUGAUGUCCUUUCUACUUUUCUCCCAUAUUCUUGGAGUAUGGCAACUGAGGGCACACUCAUGUUAGUACCUAAUGCCUAGCAUUCAUGCAGUUUAUAAAUAGCGCAAUCAUCAAGUUGCGAUUCUUGCCACUACCACAUUCUGUAGUGAAGCUCACAUGCAAACAAACCUAAGUAAAGAAAAUUACAGAAUGCAUUAUGUAACAUAACCAUAUCGCAAGGUAUCACUGGAGGCCGAAUGCAGGCAUUAUUCAAAGGGGAUAAAAACUUACUUUACAACCAUUGACACUGUAGACCCUCAGGAAGGCAAGUUCCUCACCUUGCUGGUGGGCUUCACAGUUUCUCUCUUAGCCACAUACCAUAUACUGGACUCACAGUUAAAAGGCUUUACAUAAACCUUUUGAGCUUGAGUCACUUCAUAGCCAUGCACAGCUGGAUUUCCAGCAGGUUCUUCAGCACAGAAUUUGAGAGCUGGGUAUUGUUGGCACAGGACCUGGCAUUCUGUGCUGCCUCACUUGACCUACAGUCCUCGAACAGUAGUAGUUCCACACCACUGCCUGCCUACAGGGAGAGAGUAAUUAAUUCUUCAGUUGGAUCCUUGUCUUUACAUGGUCACUGCUUUACCUGGAAGCCGAAGUACCCAUCUACUCUAAUUUGUCAAUACUAGUGCAACCCUAGCAGUAUUAUUUGGAGCAUUUACUCCCUCUGAUCCAGGAAGACCUCCUGGAUGUUUCUGAUGCUAACUCUUUGGAACCAUACUCCCUCCAAACCCCCCACCUUACAAGGUCUGAGCAUUUUCACUAUGGAACUCUCUGCCUACGCCUUACAGACAAAGCUGCACACAUGCCAAUGUAGAGAACAUGGAUCUUUUCACUCACUGCACCAUUAACAGCUACAGAUCCAGUCACUCUUUUCAAUACUUUUCUUACAAAACACUGUUACAACAGCACCUAAACUUGUCCCCCCAAGCUGAAUGACAAAAUGUUUACUAGUGUGCAUAUAUCUUUUCUUUUAAGUGGUGCUGAAAAUGACUUUCUUCCCGAUUCCCCAUCAUCGUUAGUGGUACAAUGUGACAUGGACAUCUGUUGGGUGACAUGAAUGUAUACAUUAUUUGAGGUUCUGUUUAAAAGCCAACAUGCCUUGCAUAUCUUGUAUGGCAUAACAAAGCCUUUCAUUAUCAGUUUUAUUCAGUGUGCAUUAGAUUACAAGCACUGCCAAGCCUGGUGGUAUCAUUGCUUGUUGUUUAUGGCUAGUGGUGAGCUGCUCUAAUAGCCUGUUGCCUUUUAAAAUCUGGAUAAAGCAUUAGAAAAAAAAAAAAAACACAAUCUCUAUUAAUUGCUGAUUUCCACCAGUUUUAAUCAGUUUCAUAUUUUAAUGUGAACGUUUUUAAUUUUUGUAUGAAAAGAUACAUUUUACUGAAGUACACUGUGAAAUUGUUAUUCUUACAUGUGAUAGUCUUUAAAGAGCCCAGUGUAGAAAAAAUUAAAUCUUUUUCAGUACA